AUGGCGGUCGAAGUGUCAACAUCAACAAGCUCUUGGUUAGAUUCCUCUGGAAUUUGGCUUUCCUGUAUCAAUAAGAAAGUCUACACUGUACAAAUGAGAGACUGUCCAAGUAUAAAAGUAAAAGUUCGUGUAGGACACCUAGCGCCAGCAAACAAGACUGCUGUUAGACGUUGCAUCCUGUUCGCCGACGACGAGUUACUGGAGUCAACAUUCGCCAACAAAACGUCACCAGCCUUGCUACUAGUCAACAAUUCUUGUAAUUUUAAGUUUUACAAAGAUGCAGCCAGUGGUAAUUUUAGCAUUGGAAGGGAGCCUUGGGCUGUACUAGUAUGGUCAUUUGCCAUUGUUCCAGGAGCAACUUUCCAAGGGAGACCUGAUCAUAUCAAUGCUCUAGAUCUACCCGGUAUGCCUGUUCACAAUCUGAACUUUCUAGAUCAAGUUCAACAAUGUUCAUGUCUUGGUGGAGGAAGCAUCUUUGUGCAAAUUGAAAAUAAUGCUAUUUCAAGAACUGAACUUACUGACUUGGGCAGUGACAGUGAUGAGGAUGACGACCAAAGUAGUUCGGAACCAAAUAGUGAUGAGGAUGAACAUUACACUUCCAUCAUUCAGAUAAGAGGAUCAACAUACGGGGAACAUUACCGGCAAAAUUUAAAAGAUGUGCAGAGUGCCCUAAGACAAUGUCCAUUUGUGCCAGUCAGACUUUUGUCAGAAGAAGACAAUCCAAUGUUACUGUUAAUAGCAAGGACCUUAAGCUUGGCUAUAUAGGUGUAAAACAUAUACCAAAGGUAACAAAGGCUAUGAAAUCGAGAGAAAUAGUGAAGACAUCUAUGAAGUCCGUCACAUCGUGGUACGUCAGAAACAUUAGUUCGAGAAAACUGAAGGGAUCCAUCAUUAUCUGCAAGAAAGGGAAAUGGCUUCCAGAUUCAGACAAUAAUGUUUAUAAUGCAGAUUUGUAAAU